AUGUUCCCCGCGUCAUUCCUCCAUCCGGCGACGCCAAGCUCGUCCUCCAUCUUUCCCCAGCCGAACCUACAUCAGCUCAUCAACUUUUGCUACCAGCAGCAAGCCCUCAACCUCGCCAUGCAGAGUCUGAAGCGCUUCAAUAGCGUCCACACCCCAGAGAAAGAUGAAGUGCCGGCAGCCAAAAAACCGAAGUUCGACUUUGCCCGCCUGGCGACAACGAUCGAAAACGAGGUUAAAGUUAAAACCGAUGCUUUGGCUUCACCUAUCGAAUCAACCACAUCUCCACAACUAACCAUUCCGACUGCCCCCUUCCAGCGGCCAUGGUUCAUGCUCCCUGGAAAACGGACUGGUGGCCGAACAACUAGACCCAAGAAGGAGUUUAUUUGCAAGUAUUGUCAUAGACAAUUCACGAAAUCUUACAACCUUCUCAUCCAUGAGCGUACCCAUACGGACGAACGGCCAUAUCCCUGCGAACAAUGCGGAAAAGCUUUCCGCAGACAGGACCAUCUCAGGGAUCAUCGUUUCAUCCACUCGAAAGAUAAGCCGUUCAAAUGUGAGAUCUGUGGGAAGGGCUUUUGCCAAUCGCGUACGCUGGCCCAGCAUCGAUUUGGUCAUUCUCAGUGUGCGUUGGAUAAGAGAAGCACUCCAAUGAGCUCUCCAACGCCAACAGCCACCACCUCCGUCUCACCUGCCCGCUCAAUCUCAACAGAACCUGAAUUAAAAGUCGACCACGAAGAAGAGCCAGAAGAA